UGCAGGUGGUCCAGGAUUCGGUUUCACCUAUCUUUCGGCGUAGACUUGGGGAGUGCGCUUCACAAGAAACGAUGUCACGAGUCCUCGCUCGUCUGAUAUGAUUGCUAUUUGAUAAUCGCAGACCCUUUGGCUUGAUCCUCGUGGAACUGGUCUGAGCACGCUGAAUAACGGCGGACAUCUUCCAAACGAAGCAAAUGAACGACGAGGCAAUUGUCAAGUAUCUCAAAUACUUUCGUGCAGAUAACAUCGAGGCUGAGACCAUUCGGCACUUUCUCCUCGACGGCGAGAAAGAUCCGGAAGCACCUAAAUGGACGAUCUUUGGGCAAAUUUUCGGAGGUUUUUGUGCCGCCACCUACCUUUCAUUCUACAGUGAUAGCUUGAAGGAGGUCUUCAUCACUGGCGGUAUUCCACCCAUGGUCGACUCUCCCGAUGCAACCUACGAAGCCCUUAUGUUGAAGGUGGAAGAACGAAAUAAGGUUUGCUAUUCAAAGUACCCCCAAGAUGUUCGAAACGUUCGUCUAAUCUUAGGUUUCCUAGAAGGGAACAAUGUCGUUAUUCCAAACGGCAGGAAUCUGACAGUCUCGCGGUGGCAACAACUCGGCCUGCAAUUUGGUUCGCAUGGUAGCUUUCGAUUUACUGCGAAAGUAUGGCUUUUCAUAUUCUAUGCUUAAGCGGCCUCGAUCAGGUUCACCGUAU